AUGUCUGCCACUGAAGGUCGAAGAGGAUCCAUCAAGGUCGUUGCCAAAUCUCUCGUCAACGCUGCUACGGGAAAGGGCAAGGAUAAGACUAUCCUGAUUACCGGUGCCUCUGGCUUCGUUGCUGCUCACGUCCUCCACGUCUUCCUCGAAGCCGGAUACAAGGUCCGUGGCACCGUGCGGUCCGAGGAAUCCGCCGAAGCUGUCAAGAAGAGCCACUCCCAGUAUGGCGAGCAGCUUUCGUUUGCCAUUGUCCCCGACAUUACCGCGCAGGGUGCCUUUGAUGAGGCCGUCAAGAAUGUCGAUGGAGUCGUACACACUGCUUCGCCAUUCGUCAUGGAGGUCAAGGACAACAACCAGGAUCUCUUGGCCCCCGCCGUCAAGGGCACAACCAACAUUUUGAAAUCGCUCCAUGAGAAGAACACCCGCGUGAAGCGACUCGUCCUGACUUCCUCUUUUGCUGCCAUGAUUGAUAUCCCCAAGGGACUCCGCCCCGAUCACACCUACACCGAAGACGACUGGAACCCUGUGGAAAAGGACGAGGCGCGCAGCACCGAGAACGGCGCGGUCGCAUAUUGCGCGAGCAAGACGUUCGCUGAGCGCGCCGCCUACGAGUUUGUCGAGGCCGCCCAGCCCAAGCUCUGCGUCACCACCCUGUGUCCCCCCAUGAUCUACGGACCAAACCUGCACACCGUCACGGACAUCAAGAAGCUCAACACCUCGUCGGCCGACAUCUACCGCCUCAUCAACGGCUCAGAAAAGAGCGUCCCAGACACUUCCUUCCCUGCUUUUGUUGACGUGCGUGACGUCGCCCUCGCCCAUCUCCGCGCUUACGAGUCCGAGGUUGCCGGCAACCAGCGCUACUUCCUCGCCUCCUCGACCUUUACCUACCAGCAGGUCUGCGACAUUAUUCGCGAGAACUUCCCCGAGCUGCGCAACCGUGUGCCAGAGGGCACCCCGAACGCCCCUCUGCCGGACAUGUUCAAGGUCGACCACUCCAAGGCGGAGCGCGACUUGGAUAUCCAUUUCCGCAGCCUCAAGGACACUAUCGUCGACACGGUCAAGAAUCUGCUCGAGCUCGAGAAGCAACUUGGUGUGACUCAUUAA